AUGUCUUCAUGCUCCUCAUUUGUCCAGCACUGUCCCCAACAGGCCACCAGUAGUCUGGUGAGUCAGAGCCUAGUGGGCCUGAACCAUGCAUGUCAUUUUGUUAUAACAGCUGUUCCCAACAGGCCACCAGUAGGGUGUUGGUUAGUCGUGGGGAUGCUGGGUGUCAGGCAGCCACUCUCUUUGCAAGCCAACAUCUGCAUCUACGUGGGCACGGUCAUCCACGAGCUGAUGCUCGCCGUCGACUCCUACCACGAGCACACCCGCAACGACCAUGACGACUACGUCACCGUCCACCUCGAAAACGUCGAGGAAGGCAAAGAGGGCAAAUUCUGCAAGGACACCUACUGGCGGUACGUGGGCGAGGACUACAACCACGACAGCAUCAUGCACUACGGUACGUACGCCUCCGCCGACUGGGGCGUCGCGGAGACCAUCGUGCCCACCGACCUCAACGUGGUGCUGGUGGAGGCCUACGACAAGCUCGAGAUGACGCAGGCCGACGCCAACGAGAUCAACAACCUCUACGCCAGCGAGUCUGCGCGCCGCAAGGACUAG